AUGACCUCCGGAUUCAACAAACGCUUUGCUCUACAGCAUGAGCAGCGCGAAACGAGCUUCAGCGCCACCAGCGUCGGUGCCGGCAUCGAAUCUACCCCUGCUGACGACGGCAUCGACCAUGCCCUCCUUCAGGACUUGUUGUUCGAAGACUCCAGCGCCGGCUACCAUGCCUACUCCACUUCCAUCAGCCCACUCCAGUCUCAGGGCUACUACGAUUCCCACGAAGCAAACAGCUUCCCAAGCGGUACCUGCACUCUGGCAAUGCUCGAGCUGAAUCAUUUCCCAACUCCUGUCAUGGGGGCUGAGGCUGGAAACCGCAACGUCUUUGCACCUACAGCUGAGCCUCGGCUUGACUUUCGUGUCAGCACGGACUUGGUACACGGCUUUGGGGAAGGCAGUCCUCUGGAUGGUUCGGCCUUCCCGCUGAGCACUGACCUUUCAGCUGACCAACCAGACUACGUCCUCGGUGGUAACGCACAACAGACAGGGGCCACGCCCUCUUUCUAUGUCGGUGGUCAGCCGCGUGCAGGGGUCGCUGCCGCAGUUCGACCAAUCGGCUCAAACGAGGAUUCCGAGCGCUCUACAGCUGGAUCUACAUGGGAGAUGCGCGACAACAAAUAUUUCUGCUUGCACCCGGGUUGUCGCAAUCCUUCUUUCAAGAGGCUCGGAGACCUCGAGCGUCACCAGAACAAUGUUCACGCCCAGACCAAGUUCUUCUGGUGCCGUUACAGCGGCUGUGAGCGCGGUCGUUCCUUCCCCCGCAAGGACAAGCGCAACGAGCAUGAGCGCAAGGUCCACCAUGUUGACUACACUCUUGCGGAGAACAUCUGA